AUCAGUGUGUCAUCUUUGAGAGGGUAGUUAAAUCACAAGACAACGACGCAACCAGUUUAGAUAUAGUGAGCAACACCAUCAAGAUCAGUGCCUCAAAGGGUUGCACAGACAAUAGUUAUUAGUGCGUAAAGGUCAGCCUCAGCAAAGAGAAAGUGAACUCUAUAGACCCACAGACAACGGUGGCGGUGAAACUGCAAGAUAUUGCUUAGAACAAUGACAGCUCUCAUGACCAGUGAUCAAUACCACAUCUGCAAAAGGCAGAGCCAAGCUGCAAGGCUGAAGUCGGCGCCAUUUCUGUGAGACCAUCGUCUACUGAAUAGGCCACAACGGUGUAGACCUCCCGGAAAGAAAGCAAGAGUUGCAACCCAGCAGUGAACAAGAAAGGGAGAAGUUCAAGACGAAGUCAGCUGUAGGCCUACCUACCUCCCCAGUGGCUACGUAUAUAAAGGCGUGGCGACAACUCCAACGGAAACUCAGACGAUGGCCAUGGCAGGACUCCGGGGACUACGGCAGUUCGGAACGGCAUCUUGGAUGACCGUUGCUCAGCCCCACCUGAGCACGUCCACGGACAAUCCCGAAACAUCACCACCGUCCCAGAACUUACCGCCAACGCCCGUUGAGUUUGAGUUCAUGGAUGGUAAAGGCAGUAGGAGCAACACAGCGGUCGACUUCACUCAUCAUUCUCCCACUCCUUCUCAAGUAGCUCAGGGUCCGCCGUUGGGAAACUACAGCGAGUCGGAGAGCAUGCAGGACUAUCAUCCAACUUACUACCAGAAUGGCAAUCUAACUCCUCAGGCUAGUUGUCAGCCUGUAAUUCUAGAAGAGAAGAAAUUCCGGAAUGUCUGGUCAACUACCAGGGUGUACCCUGCUAGUAGAGUUGGUGACAUGCCAGUCUGUCAUUCAUGCCUGGAAGCCUUGUCGUUACCUGAUGUAAACAACACCAGCUAUGUAUGGGACGACGAUCAAGGCCUUAGGGAGUCAGUGCAACAACACUCACCCUUUGGUAAAACGUCCUCUUUCAGGCGACGCAGGGGUAUGGGUGCGGGCAUCGAAGAUGCUGACGACAACACCUCACCCAUCGCACGUGGAAGGUAUUCUCACUAUAUCAAGAGACCAAGAAGGAAUAUGGGUGACAAAUCCAUUUACAGAAGCUUAGAGAGAGGAACCAGGAGGAGAACUUUCGACUACCAGAGUCGCGUGGCGUCUCAAGACAAGUACUACUACGAACUGUCCACGCAGAACAAGGAGCACGUUGCCGUAAGAGAAGCAGCUGAUAGUGGAAAUGUUAUCGGCAGAUUGUCUCACACAAAGGAAAACAGUGAAAUCUUUCUGAAACAGAAUGAACGUAUGAUGCCGUCGUCAGCUGAGCCAAGAGGCGGUCAAGUUCCUGCUCAGGGACAGACUUCUGCUCACAGUUCAGUGGUGAUCCCAAGAAGAGAAAAUGGAGGCCCAGUUUCAGAAAUCUCUGGACAGGGGCCUGUUAGCGACAACUCCACCGGUGCUAGGGAGAAGAGCAGCAGGCAUGAAGAGGAGACGUUCCGAAGGUAUCAGGAGUGUCAACAUGAGGGAGGUACCGGCAGAAGGCGCUCCACGCCAAAGUCGACGACUCCUGUGGAGGAUGACGGAGACCACUGUGACAUUGAUAUAGAAGCGCAAGCAUCCCAGAUCAUUGAUGUUGUGGAGUUGCACGCCCAGAGCAAUUGUAAGACAUCUUGAAUGAGGAAUUCCUAGGGGGCCAGAAAUUAAUUGAAAUGUACUUGACAAAUUUUGUAAUGGAAGACGUUUUAUAUUUACCUCAAAGAGUCAUAUCAUUGUUGUCUCUUAGAAUUGCCAUUUUUCCCUUAAACUUAUCUUUGUCAACUCCAAGAUAUUUUCGUACUAUAUUUCAUAAUUACAAGUGUGUUAAGGGGCAGUAAUGGCCAGGCUACCCAGAACAUUUUGGCAUUGAGAAAAUCAAGGUUAUUCCUUUUAAAAGCAUUUAUAUAUAUAUUAGAAUUUAUGAAAACAAACUAGGAAUUCAUUGAGUUGUACAGUGCUAUAGUAGAUUCACAUCAACCGUGCAUCCUGUGUCUAGGCCAGUCCCUUACGACGCUCCUGAUUGGCUGUUGAUAAGCCAAUCACAGGGCUGGAAACUCUCAGUCUCUCUCGAGAGAGUUCACAAAGGCAGGAUGUAGUAUGUUCCACCUCUCCUGAUGGAUACUUAUGUCUUUGAAAAAAAUCUACACGUAAAUCUGGCUUGAUAUGCUUAAUAUUCCUUCGCAAAAGAAGGAUUGAAUCUUGGAAUUUAUCAGAAAAUAAAAAUAAACAUUAAAUAUAUUAAUCUCAAAACUGCGAAAUGGUUUGCUAUAUUAUCAAUGUUCUCAUGACAAGUACAUUUUUUUGAAUUAUUUUAUACUAUUGACUACACCUUUCGUAAUCAUGUAUUAUAUUAUUAUUAUUAUAAUGUAUGUCGUGUCGGUGUGGUGAGAUGCUUUG